CAGAAUCAUUUCACGCUGAAUUUGUCACUGCCAUUUCUACAAGGAGAACUGCUACUGCCUUUUGCUAGUGUGCCUCCUGACAGCUACAUGAUUUCAUCUCCACUGUAGUCACGGUGGGAUGUUGACCCACAAGGAAUUCGCGUCGCCACACUCCACCAGUGAUGCUGACGCUAAUGGACGCCCAGCGUCUCUUCCAGCCUCGCAACAACCAGCACAGCAGCAAGGACAUUAUCCUCCGGCGACAACAAUGGCAACUUCUACUCAUGAUGUAGACGUGCCCACUGUUCUCUCGCCCCAAGAUCCCGCUGGUCCGUCCCGGUUGUAUGAAUUCUACCAAUACCUGCCUGAAGUUCAUCCUACAUUCCUUCACCUCCCCUCCACGGACUCAAAUCAUCCACGAUUACUCCAUCCAGGAUUCCUCCCAGAAGCACCUCCAAAUCGCCCGUCCAGAACAUCCGAUCCACACAAGAGCUCCUUUCCACCGCUUCUUUUCCCGGCCUGUAGUCAUGAAUUAAAACGACGGCAUUCUGUAGGAACCAUACCAAACUCCAAGCGUGCAAAACUUUCCAUCGGCCCAUCCGAACAUGAAGUUAUUGAUCUCACUGCUUCCGUUGAACCAUCGGGCUCUUCAGCUGAACCGUCAGGCUGCCAUUCGGCGAAUGGUGUAGUCGACCUUACAAGUCGGGAGGAGGUUCAAAACGAUCAAGCAUCGAAACGUCUCCUACUGCAUUUGUCUUUGGAUAUCGACACUCUUCGCAAAAGUAUUCACGAAAAUAAGCAAGAGAUUGGACAUCUUCGGGCGGAAAGAACAUAUCUGGAAGAAACUGUCAAGCGGAAAGUCGACUCUCUUCAAAAUGAAUGUCGAAAGGCCUCACGUAUGACUACCGACUCUGAGACACUGAAAUUUGACCACAAAUCUCUGGAGCAGUUAGUCAGGUCAAUGCAAAAUGCGUUAGCAAGAUGUGCAGAAAGAGAAGGUGCUCUCAAAAAUGAACAAGCACAGAUGGCUGCAAUGCGGGCAGAAAUACACCACUUACGGACGCGUGUGGCAGAGUUCGAAGAGAUGUCUGUCCGGCAUUCGAAGAAUGCGGACCGAGAUGCUGGAAAGGCCGUGGCAGCGCAGGAGAUCGUUGAUAGGUUAGCUCAAAGGAUAGUGGAGUUGGAGCAACGGGGUGCUACGACUGCAGCCGAGCUCACUCAGCUUCGGAAAGAUUGCGAUGCCUUAAAGGAUGCCGGUUCGGAAGAAGCAGUGAAGUCACAAACGCCAGCAGAACAUGUACCUUGCAUUGAUGAGGCUCUUCGCCUUCAAAUCGAACGCUCGAUGCUUGAAAUGGCGGAAUUGCGGGCAGAUUUCGAUCAGUUGAAAAUGACCAAUACCGAGUUGAAGACAUUAGUUGCUUUGCAGGAAAAAGACUAUGCUGCUGUCAAAACCGAACGAGACGACCUGCGGCACAAGGUGGAACGUGUUGACCAGGAAAUAUCAGCGCUGAAGGCAAACAACGAUAUUCUCAAUCGCAAGAUGGAAGAACUGAGGGCGGACCUGACUCUAGCGGCUCAUGACAAUUCCCCCAGGUCAAGAUGCAUAUCUCCGCGUGAGCUCAAGUUUGAGAAACCUUCCAAAUCAAUGUCCCCUCCGGGUUCGUCUUCCCAACAUACUUUAUCGCCUCUUCCCCAACCUUCCGAAUCAGAAGACGGCUUGACUCCCUGGACAGCUAUCAUCCGCCGCGAAUAUCCUGGCUCUGUGAACGCCCUAAGUAGUGCUGCCAAGCAUCGAUUCGAAGAAGCGCUAACCAGGUUCCUAACAUCAUCCCUGGGUCCUGAGAAAGCCGCGCAAUGCCACCUUCCUAGUGCACGAGCGACCCGGACAGGCACUCUUCGAAUGAUACCCGCGAUCCCCGGACAUUUAGAAGAAGAGUUCUUGGACUGGUUUUACGAAGUGGUUGAUCACGGGCUUUUGACCAUGACCCCUAAGCAGUGGAAAGAAGUUGUGGAUGGGGACGAGCCUUUACCUGUGGGGUGUCGGGAGCUGAAGGUGGAGGUACCGAGGAAACCUGCGGCGAAAGGAAGGCGGCAAAAAGCUCGAUCAAGGCGUGCUUCUACUACCUCAAAGAAGAAGAAAGGAAAUAAUAAUUCAUCCAAGCGCAAGACCCGACGAGCAGUCCCCUCUCUAGUCCCAGCCCACAAGGACGAUUCACGAGAUGACGCAGGUCAUCGUUCCAGUCGCAGCGCUACUCCCGAUGGCUAUUCGACAGUGACGGAUACAUCACCACUCAUCAAACCGAUGGUAUUUGUGGAGGUGGAUCUCGAUGACAUUUCUGAUACGGAUUCAGAGAACGGGGUCGGUUGCUGAAGGGUGA